UUAGAGCCUGCGAGAACAGCGCACGGGCCGUGAGGCUUUGCGAGGAGGGAGGCUCAGAGGAGUCUGGGAAGUGUAGUCCAGGUAGCUGAGCGGAUGAUCCGCGGUGGGGGCCAAGGUUCCGGAAAAGGCCUGAGAAGGUUUGAAAGAGAGACGGUGAUCGUAUCUCUUACUUCUGUAGCUGGAGCAUAAGAACAGUUUGUUAACGAAUGUUCUAUCCAUUUAGGAUUUAUCUAGACCCUGAGGAUUACCCUGUGAAUUGUUCACUGGGGUUGACCCAUAGUGUGAUUUUAGUAUGCUGCGACGAAAACCAACUCGCUUGGAGCUGAAGCUUGAUGACAUUGAGGAGUUUGAGAGCAUUAGAAAGGAUCUGGAGAACCGUAAGAAACAAAAAGAAGAUGUGGAAGUUGUAGGAAGCAGUGAUGGAGAAGGAGCCAUUGGACUCAGUAGUGACCCCAAAACUCGGGAACAAAUGAUUAAUGAUCGAAUUGGUUAUAAACCCCAACCCAAACCCAACAGUCGUUCAUCUCAAUUUGGAAGUUUUGAAUUUUAGAGUGGAUUAUCUUCUGUGCCAAAGCCCUGGAGUGGAGCAGCCCUGAUGGCAGGAGUACAAGCAAGAUUUAGAAAAUUGUGUGCUUACAGUCAAGCAAAUUGUUGAACUUCCUACAGAGAAACAUACUUCUGCAUGAGAUUACUGAUGCUUAAAUUUUACUCUGUCUUGAAAUCCAGACUCUUGUUUGUUGCUGGAAAAACCGACUGGAUAAAAUUUGUCUGAUUUUUGUUUUUAAAAAUAAAUAUAUUUUUGGAA